CACUUUAUAUUCUCAGAUUAAACCCAAUUUUCCGAAUCAAAGUUCUUGAUUUGAGACCCACUAAAUUAAACAAUUAACAGUGGGCUUUUAACACAGAACAACAUCAACUCCUAGCCCCAAAAACACAUACAGAUCUGAACACACACAGUGAGCAAUGGGGUUUAUGGAUAGUUUAAAAGGAGUGGUGUCGUCCCAUUGAGCGGAGGUGUGGUUGUCGCCGAUAUCGUCAAAGUUCGCCAUCGUGCUCAACUAACCAAUGAUCUGUAAUCAAUCAAUAAUAUCCACAAUCACCAAAUUCCGAACAAAUUAAUCAACUACAGCAUGAAAUUAACGUAACAAAUAGGGUUCUUCAAGUCCGGCCGCCGAUCUGAAAAUCAGACCACUGUGGGAAUCGAAGUGAAAAUGUUACUGCCGUUGAUUUGGUUGUAGGAAUAGGGUUCUUUAAGUCCAGCCGCCGUAAGAUUAUCGUUUGAAUCGGAGAUUUCUUCAAGUCCGGCCUUCGCCACUGUGGGUAUUGGUUAACCCUCUCACUCUAUCUCUCUCUAUAUAUCUAUAUAUAUUAAUAAAGCAGAUGAUUUGGGCUAUUUGUCCUUGAAUGGUGAAGCCAUUUUGAUGACGUGGCAACCAUUUGUUUAGUGAACCUUUAUUUUGAGUGGGAAAAUAUCUACUUCAUCAAACACCAACCAUUACACGCGGGAUCCGAUGAUCUUUGGGUCGGAUUCAUUCUUUACCAAACAAACCGACUUACAAUAUGGAUCCUAUAUAAACUUCUUCUCAAUCAUUGAACCCUAAUUUUUCUUUCUUCUCUUUGUGUGCGACCGCUGGUUCUGUGUUCUAAAUCCAAAUCCGCUUUACAUCUUUGGUGUCGAAUCUGUUAAAACUUCAUCGAUUGUUCUACACAAUCAUCAGAUAAUUAUAUAGCCGGUGAUCCUUUUAGAUGAUGAAUCUGUCAACAAUAGUAGGUAUCGACCCCUUGCAUAACACUCCUUCAUUUCUAAAGUUAAUAGAUGAAGAUUUCCCGAUUUUUUUGGAAAUACCUAAUGACUUUGCAUCAAUGGUUUGGGGAGACCACCCACCUUACAAAGAUUCAGUUAGGAUUGUUGAUGGUGACAAUAUAUGGUUUGUAAGAGUAAAAAAAACUGAUGUUGGCCCAGUUCUUGCUGAUGGAUUCACCAAAUUGGUUAGGGGUACUUCUAUUAGAAAAGAUGACUAUCUUAUGUUUCAGACUUAUGGACCAACCUCAUUUUUUUUAAUGGUCUUUAAAUCAUGUGUUCAUAAAAACAUGUUCAUAUCCAAGAUCAACCCUCACGAAGAUGUUAUUGUAAUGGCAGAUGAGUAUUGGAAGCAAUUUUAUGGAAAGACGUUCAAAGGUGGUCAAUCAACUCUGUAUUUAGGAGAUAGGUUUUGGAACGUUAACAUGGACGGCUUAAGUGACAGAUGUGUUUUUAGUCAUGGAUGUUCGGAGAUGAUAAACGAACUUGCCUUAGACAGGAGAUCUACCUUUGUUUUCUCAAUGCAUGGAAAUAAAGUCUUCGAGCUUUCAGUAUUUAAUCAUCAAACCGGUACUCAAAUUCAGAACAACAGGGUUGAGUUAGUAGUUUUGGACGACCCAAUCUAUCUUGACGAUUGUCAUGAAUUUGCUUUCGAGGUCGCACAUAAAGAGGAGUGUAUUGAUGCUGGAACUGUCAUUGAAGAAGAUGUUGUUGUGGAAAGUGAACAUGUAAAAGCUCAUUUGGCAAGUUUUGAAGAUAUGUUCAAUGAUCAAGAUGAUGCCAAGUUUGAUACCUUUUUCUCAUCUCUACUUGAAAUGGAAGACCUUAAGAAGAAGUUCAAAGAGAAUUGGGAUUCAAAAACUGAAGGCAAAGGCAAAUCAAGUGUUGUUUGUGAUGUAGAUUCAAAUAUGAAGGAUGACCCGAAGGCGAAAAGUGUUGUUAAUGUUAAUGAAGAUAUAUCUUUAAAGGACAAAAACAUGAGUGACAUGGAUCUCGACAGCUUUUUGAUACCGAAAGAUGUUAUGGUGAAUGAACCGGUUCUGUGCUCCACAGUUGUUUCUGAUUUCAAAGAGAAUUCGGUUUCAAAAACUGAAGGCAAGGGCAAAUCAAGUGUUGAUUGUGAUGUAGAUUCAACUAUGAAGGAUGACCCGAAGGCGAAAACUGUUGUUAAUGUUAAUGAAGACAUAUCUUUAAAGGUUGUAUUUGUCCUACUUAAACUAUUAUUUUUUAAUUUUACUGAAUGUGUUUAUAUUACUUUUGAAAUUUAUGUUUUGCUUUUUUCAGGACGAAAGCAUGAGUGACAUGGAUCUCGACAGCUUUUUGAUACCAAAAGAUGUUAUGGUGAAUGAACCGAUUCUGUGCUCCACAGUUGUUUCUGAUCCCAUUAUGAACAAUACAGUUGAUGUUCGUCAAUCUGUUUUGCCGCGAAAGUUGAAGGCCCAUAAGAAAUGUAACUCAGUUAUCAUUCAGUCACAUGAGUCUGUAAUUGCUCAUCGUACCCGUUCAAAGAUUGGAAACAAAAAAGAAGCUGUUGUUGAUAAGCUCACGGCCGUUGAACCCGUACCUGUUUGCCGUAAACGUUCUAAUUUGAAAACGAGAAAAACAGAUUCAUUCAUUGAAUUCACGAAGGUAGCAGAAGAUCGAUUGCGUUUACCGUGUCCUGUUUCGGAUGAUUUGUGUCUUUCUGUUGACAACCUGCCUGAAGUUUCGGUAAAAAACCUUAGAUGUGAGGUAACAAACAUCAAGACGUUAGCGGAAAGGAAUGGUGAUGUUUACAGGUAUGGUUUAUCCAAGUGGACGAGAUUCUUGAAAUCAAAUCAAAUACUCAUUGGCGCUACUCUUUUCUUUAAAUAUGUGAAGUCUUCUCAGCUUUUGAUGUUGACCAAAGUUGUUCACAAACCUUCAAAGAAAAGAGGCCGUGCGUGACUGUUUGCAAGUGUGGUCGUUAGUUUGGACUUUAGAUGUUUUGGCAACAUGUUGGUUAUUACUUAAUAGUAGCUUUGUAAUGUUGUGGAACUCAGAUGUUAGAUAUGUUCUACUUUGGACAGUUAGUACAUAAAACAAGUCUAUAUUGUAAGAAAUUAG